AUGAAGACCAUUCUCAUUCUUGCUACGCUAGUGGCUAUCCUCUAUAGCAAGACGUACAAAAUGGAGGCUAGUUCGACAGGAUCGUUAAUAGCCCGUCUUAUCAAGGCCAAUCUCUACCACAAAUACCUGGAAGAGCGAAACCUCCGUCGUUCCCAAAUACUCAAGAAGGGAUCGCAACCGAUCAUGGACUACUACGAUGAUUUCUACACUGGGAACGUGACAGUUGGAACACCUGGCCAGACUUUUGCUCUCGUGCUGGAUACCGGCUCGUCGAACCUCUGGUUGAUCGAUGACAGCUGCGACACAGAGGCUUGCGAUGGUUAUCUCGGCAGCGUUUAUACCAGACGCAAGUUUAACGCAACAGCAUCGUCAACGUUCUAUACGGUGAACGGCACGAUCACUAUUCAGUAUGGUUCUGGAUGGUGCGAUGGACAACUCGCAGUGGAUACUGUCUCUUUCGCCGAUCUGACAAUCGAACAGCAAGAAUUCCUCGAUGCUGAGGAUAUCGCCGAUAUUUUUGGCUAUAUGCCAUUUGACGGCAUCUUUGGGCUCGCAUGGCCAGCGAUUUCUGUGGGAAAUGUCACUCCACCAAUGCAAAACCUUCUUCCAUCUCUUGACGCCCCUCUGUUCACUGUCUGGUUAGACAGGAAGCUCAAUGUAAGCAUGGGAGGCAGUGGCGGUCUGAUCACCUACGGAGCCAUUGACACGACCAACUGUGAUCUGAACGUCACAUACGUGCCUCUGACAUCAGAAACAUACUGGCAGUUUUCUAUCGACGGCUUCUCCGUUGGGAGUUUUUCAGAGAUAAAUACGGAAGAUGUUAUAUCUGACACUGGUACUUCAUGGAUCGGGGGACCAUCCUACAUCAUGGACGCAGUGGUCGAUCAGACAGAUGCACAGUACAAUUGGGAGUAUGGAAUCUACACCGUUGAUUGCUCGACAAUGAUGGACCAACCGGAUUUGCAGUUCACCAUCAACGGUGUGACAUACAACAUAACAUCCGAAGAGUACAUACUCGAUCUUGAGCUUGGAGGCGGACAGGUAAGUGCGCCGUCAAUAACACAGAAUUUUGCGCCUGUGUGA